UCGCUUUUAAAUUAUUAUUGUGUGCAUUAACCUUCACGCAGUAACUGUGUGUACUUAAUCGAUAUCACGCCACCAAUCGCCGUGGCAGCUUCCUUCUUUAACUGUACGUUACAGCGCCACUCUACUAGUGCGAGUUGGAGUUCUAUCUAUAAAUAGCACGGUAUCUAUUCUACCUCGCGACAUGAGCAUGCGAGUGAGAGUGUCUAUAGCAUUGCCCGUAAAAGUCACCAUAGUUUUAAAAAUAGCUUUCAUCACUGAGCUGGUAUGCGUUAUAUAUCUUCUAUUGCUGUUGACAUUAUAAUAAUUACGAUGGUUUUGGACUAUACUCUCCUUGCUUGACACAAUUAAUUCAUCGUGUUAGUUGUGGUCUGAUGUCAUACACUGUACAUCUUGUCAACAGUUUGUAACUUUACCCGACCUGAUGUUACCUUCAAACAGUAUGUGACACGCGUUGAGUUUUUGUAAUUGCGCUAUUUCCGAGUUGGCCAUGAGUUAUCCUCUAUUUGUUGCAGAAUUCAUAUGCGUGUUAUCUACAGCUAUCGCCGAUAUCACCGUAACUGGUGAUAUGUGUGGUGGUUGUACGAAUGGUGGACAUUGUAUAGAGUUUCCAGACAACAAUAUGAUGUGUCAGUGUAAUACGAAGUUUUAUGGUAAACACUGUGAAUAUGAACGAGGUCGUAAUUUGUUUUUCGAUUGUCGUUUUGAUGGCGGGUGUAUGCACGGUGGUGAGUGCAUCGCAGACUCCGGAAUAUGUGUUUGUUACGGCGGUGAAUAUUUCGGAGACAAGUGUCAGUAUCAUAGUGAUGGCACGACUGAAGUCUCAUUACCAACUACUGUCGGUAUCUCGAUUGGAUUGGCUGCGGUCAUUGUGAUUCUUGUAACGUAUACUUGCAUGCGCUAUGGCAUUGGGCAGAUUAUCCGUGACAAACAGGCAGCUAGAAAACAACGACUUGCCCAAAGACCGGUACUUACCACAACAGGAUUUCCGUGUCGAUUGCACGAUACAUACGAAAGUCCAGUGAAUGAUUCCUAUUGGUCCGAUGUCCCGCGUAGAGGUUCAAUCACUCGUCUUGACGUCAUUAUUGAACAUGGUUCUUUACAAGACCAGAAAGUGCACGGUGUCUGA